AUGCCUAAGAAGAAGACAGGUCAGAGGAAAAAAGCUGAAAAACAGCGCGAGCUGCAGAAGAAAAUUCGCAGUGGAGAGAGGCCUCUGGCAGAGCAUCCAUGCAACACACAAAUGCAAUGUGAUCAAUGCCUUCGUGAUCAAAAAAGCCGAGCUUUCUGCUAUUUCUGUGCCUCCAUUUCCAAACUGCCCUCUUGUGCUCAGUGCGGUAAACAAAAAUGUAUGGCGAAAACAGGAGAUUGUAGAUCUGAGCGUUUAGGCAUGGGAAUGGUUGGUGCUGUUUGCGACUUUUGCGAAGCUUUCAUAUGUCACGGAAAGAAGUGCCUCACCACUCAUGCUUGCUCGUGUCCGCUCCGGAAUGCCGAGUGCGUGGAAUGUAAGCGAGGAGUGUGGGAUCAU